CAAAGUCGAAAAGAAGCACCGAUAAUGCGAUAUGCGACAUAACCUUUCUUCGUUCUGCAAUUUUGGCUGGAUUGUGUGAAUGGAAACCGUUUGUCACGGUCUGGCACCCACUCAGAACUGACUUUCAAGAGUACUGGUAGCCUCGCACUCCUUUCGCAGUAGGUUUAGUGACAGCGGCUGCAGGAGACCCUGCUGGUUGAUUCAGAAGAAAUUUUGAAUCCAAGUUCAUGUGUGCAACGUAAGGCAGCACUGUCAGCGUCAGUCUACGAGCACUGUCAAGAUGAGUCGGGGCUCAAUGAGAACAGAUGAGAUGCUGGAGAUCGAGAAUGAGCGACUACUGGAAAGCGUCGCAGCGAAAGCCAAGCUCAUGAAAUCGGUCGGUCUCGACAUGAAUCGUGAGGUCAAGUCACAGAACAUGCAGCUUGGGGACAUGAGUGGAGACUUUGAGGGUGCCGGUGGGUUGCUGGGCAGCACGCUGAAGGGCCUCAACAAUAUGACGCGGAGUGGCAACUCUCGUUUCAUGCUCUACAUCAUUGCCGGUAUCCUGUUUUUCUUCUUCGUCAUCUACUACCUGACGUCGAUGCGACGGUGACGUGGCCCUGUGCGCAUCCUAUCAUCUACGUUUUCGUAUGUACUGUUAUUGUCACCGUCACCUUCAGUUGGUUAAGUCCGUCAGGCUAUGCAUCGUGGGGCCUGCCCGGCCGACUGGGUGUGGUGCGCUUGAAUAGCUGGUUGUGGGCUGCCUGACUGGCUAGUUGUGGGCUGCCCAACUGACUGUUUGUGGUCUCCUCGACUGAAUGUGUGUGGUCUCCUCUACUGACUGUGUGUGGUCUCCUCGACUGGCUGUUUGGGUCCACGUGGCUGGCUGUUUGCGGUCUCCUCGACUGGCUGUUUGGGGCCCGUGUGGCUGGCUGUGUGUGGCAGCCUGACUGGUUGUAUGUAGACUAGUACCCGGCCGUCUGCGUGCUGGCUGCCUCACUGGCUGUCUGUCUUGUAGUGUGUAUACAUGUAGUUAUCACACAGCAGCCCUAUGCGUCAAUUGUUGGCCAAAGAGGUACCAAUAAGGUUGAAGAAACCAGAGUGGUUCUGUGUCGGUAACUGGUGUUAGUUUAGUAAUAAUGUGUUGCCUGUCAAGACGGUGGUGUGCUGCUCCUGUUUAGUCCCCCUGUCAUCCUGCUAUUUCUGUGCUGAUUGAUGUUCCAGCCCAGGCGCUGCUGGUCCUUGUGCUGCCCCCCCCCCCCCCUCCCCGCUUUCUCCUUCCUAUGUGCUCUGGUUGUCUUCUCUGCUAUCCAGUCCCCCUCCUGACCACGCUGCGUGUACUCUAUCCGAGUUGCGCACAGAAUCACCCCUCACCUGCACCAUGAUUCCGUUCCCAAGUGCAUUGGAAUCCGUCUAUGGUAUGCCUCGUCUUCUCUGCUACUAACUGGAUCGCCGUCGGAGUUUGAAGCCUCCCGAUUGCGACUUGCAAUGCUUUCUCGUUUUCAGAUUUUCUUUGCAGCCGGUAUUGGUAUGGUCGUGCGUUGGAGCUAGACCGCAGCAUGGUGUUGUUUAUUCAGUGCCCCCCCCCCCCCGUAUUGUUUUCAGCAUGUCUGCAGGCUCUUCUGCGUCCCCAUUCAUGACCACAUUUUUUACAUCCUCCAUGCACUAGCUUCACCGCCACCAUUCCAGAUUCCACAACCGAAAAGUAUUCUUGACCUCCUAGUUGUAGUUGCAGCCCUUGGAUGUUCAAGCUGGAGUUGGAUGGGAUAUUCCCCUGCUUGAGUAUUUGUUACUGUUGUGUGCAUUAUUUGAUUUCACCACACUAUCACGUCAACGUGUACAUGUUUUUUAUGCUGUUUCUUGAUUUGUUUUCGUGACGAGUCACGGACAUGCGAUAUUAGUGGCUGUAGUAACCGCUAUACCCAUCGUAUAUUUGCAUGUUGUUUUCCUGCUCUGUGUGGAGUGUACGGGAGUUUUGUUGUGGUUGCAGAGCCUCCGAAUUUGGAAAAUCUGCUUUGUCGA